AAAGGUGCGUCUCAUUUUGCUCCCUAUUUAGUGAAUCAUAAACGCGAAUUCGGUCACUGGCAAGUAGUGAUGGAGAAACGGAUCUUUGAGAAACUCACGAGUCAACUGAAUCAACGCAAAAUGAUUCAGUGAUUCGAAGCGCUUGAAACAGUGUAAAUGCAACGAGAACACAAAGAAUAGCAAAUGUUUUGAUUAAAGUGUAUUAAAUGAAAUGUAAUUUAAAACCAUUAAGUGACAAUUAUAAAUCAUAACACAAUAUGAAGUGGGGUUUUUUUUAGGCACUGACUACUGAAACUAUGGAUCUGAUUGAGACACACUUAUAGAGAUUUAGUUUAAAUUUAUUUUUCUUUCUGUUAAUUAUUUUUUUAAUCUUAAUGACAUUUAAGAUUAAUUAAUUGUCCAAACACAGAAAAACUCCUGGUGAAGCAGCUGAGAUCCACGCGACACACUAUUAUAAAGAUGGCGUUUAUUAAAGAGGAGAGUGAAGACAUGAAGAUUGAAGAAACAUUCAGUGUGAAACAAGAAGAUACUGAGGAACAAACAGACCUGAUGCCGCUGAAAGACGAAAGUCAAGAACUCAACGAAGUGGAAGAUAAAAAUCAGUUUGAGAAACAUCAUGAUUUCAUGACUGGAGAAAAAUCUACACAGUCUGAAAAGAUCUCACGAAAAAGACCUCAAAAGACCAAAUCUAACAUUUCUAAUCUAACACUAAAACAAAACCUUGACGUCCACAAGAGAGUUCAGUCUGGAGAAAAGCCUUUCACCUGCAAACUGUGUGGGAAAAGUUUCUCACGAAAAGACAGUCUUAAGAAUCACAUGAGAAUUCACACUGGAGAGAAGCCGUUUGUAUGUGGUCAGUGUGGAAAGAGUUUCAGAUGUAAAGAAAAGCUCACUUACCACAUGAAGACUCACUUAAAUGAGAACUAUUUUAAAUGUCAUCAGUGUGGAAAGAGUUUCACAGACAGAAAACUCCUUAAGAAUCAUGUAAAAACUCACACUGGAGAGAAGCAUUUCAUGUGUCAUCAGUGUGGAAAACAUUUCCGAUUCAGUAAAAACCUUAAGACUCACAUGAGAAUUCACACUGGAGAGAGGCCCUUCACAUGCGAUCACUGUGGAAAGAGUUUCUGUCAUAAGGUUAGCCUCAAAAAUCACAUGAACGUUCACACUGGAGAGAAGCCAUUCACAUGUGAUCACUGUGGAAAAUGUUUUGUGUAUAAAACAACACUUAAUGCCCACAUGAGACUUCACACUGGAGAGAAUCCAUUCACCUGCAAACUGUGUGGAAAGAGCUUCUCACUAAAAGGAAAUCUUAAGACUCACAUGAGAAUUCACACUGGAGAGAAGCCUUUUAUAUGUGUUCAGUGUGGAAUAAGUUUCAGACGUAAAGAAACCCUUUAUACCCACAUGAGAAUUCACACUGGAGAGAGCUCUUAUAUCUGCAAACUGUGUGGGAAGAACUUCUCAAGAAAAGGAAAUCUGAAGACUCACAUGAGAAGUCACACUGGAGAAAAGCCAUUUAUAUGCAAUGAGUGUGGAAAGAGUUUCGGACGUAAAGAAACACUUAAUUACCACACAAAGAUUCACUCAAAAGAGAACAGUUUUAUAUGUCAUCAGUGUGGAAAGAGUUUCACAGACAGCAAUCACCUUAAGAGGCAUGUAGUAACUCACACUGGAGAGAAGCCUUUCAUGUGCCAUCACUGUGGAAAGACUUGUAAAAACAAAGCAAUCCUUGAGGUUCAUAUAAGAAUUCACUCUGGAGAGAAGCCUUUCACCUGCCCCCAGUGUGGAAAGAGUUUCACGCUUAAAGGAAACCUUCAGACUCACAUGAGAGUUCACUCUGGAGAGAGGCCUUUCGAGUGUCUUCAGUGUGAAAAGAGUUUCAGAUUUAAAGGAAACCUUAAAAGUCACAUGAGGCUUCAUAUGUCUUCAGUGUGAGAAAAGUUCCACAUAUCCACAGAGACCUGAAACGUCAAAAUCAUUGUGGAAAGAAAUUGCAGUUUUCAGAGCCUGGGUCAAGAGGUUUAAGAAAUCAAGAAAUAUUCCUCAUUUAGAAUACUCCAAAUUCAUCAACAUAAGAAUAAAUUCAUGUGCAUAUGCACGUGUUGUGAAAGUUUUCUUGAGAAGUUAAAAUGUGUGUAUAAAUACAAAGAGAGUACGCAAUUAUUAGUGAAUGAGACCAACUGUCCUGUCUGGCUAGGCAGCCAGCCAAUGGAAAAUCCCUGGUUGUUCAAAUGUUUUUUGAUUUAAGAAUUAUGGAAGCCACUCUGCUCUUGAGAACCUUCAGUGCUUCAACACAAUCUUGUUUCUGAGCUCUGCAGGCAGUUCCUUUAACCGUAAUGGCUUGGCUCCUGCUCUGAUAUGCAUUUUCAACUUUUAGACCUUAUGUACACAGGUAUGUGCCUUUCCAAAUGCACAUAUUUAUUCCAGUCAAAGCAUAGAAACAUCUCAAAGGUGAUCCAGAGAAAUGAGAUGCAUCUGAGCUAAAUUUCAAGCGUCACAGCAGAGUCUGAAAAUGUAUGUGAUAUUGCAGUUUGUUCUUUUUAAUGAAUUUGUAAAGUUUUAACAAA